AUGUUAAUUCAAGAAACCCACAUAGAUAUUUCAACGAAAGCGGGGGGUAAAGAAGGAUCAAUGAGAAUCUUUCUUUUCCAUCCUACUAUUCCAAACUACCCUCAAGCACGAUUUCCAGGUGUUGUCCUUUUCAGUGAAAUAUAUCAAGUCACUGGACCGGUCGCUAGAUUUGCAAGGCAAAUCGCUGGACAAGGUUAUAUUGUUGCGGCACCUUCAUCAUACCAUGAAUUCACGGGUCCAGAAGCUCUAGCUUAUGAUGUUCCCGGAACCGAUGCUGGCAAUGAAUACAAGAUCACUAAGACCCUCGAAGCCUACGAUGAAGACUCCACCCUCUCAAUCGAUCACCUCCUCUCCCUCCCCACCUGCAACGGCCGCAUCGGCACAACAGGCAUGUGUCUCGGCGGGCACCUCGCCUACCGCUGUGCCCUAGACCCCCGCGUCUCCGCCGCCGUAACAUAUUUUGCUACCGAUCUGCACAGCGCCUCUCUCGGUCUCGGCAAGAACGACGACAGUCUAGCCCGCGCCUCCGAAAUCAAAGGCGAACUCGCCAUGAUUCACGGCUGCAAGGACAAUCAUGUGCCUCCCGAGGGAAGAGAUCUCAUUAGAAAAACUUUGAGGGAGAAGGGUAUUGUGUUUAGUUGGUAUGAGGUUGCCUGGGCACAGCAUGCAUUUAUCCGCGACGAGCUCUCAAAAGGCCGCUACGACCCCGCCAUUUCCAAAAUUUGUUUCGAGAUCCUCCUGGAACUAUUCGGUCGAUCCCUCAAAUUAGAUCUCGGACCCCACGAUGGCCAGGAACAGAAAAUCGAAGAUAUCUGUUAA